AUGGCUUCGCUCAACCCCCCCCCCGGUACGGCAUACCGGUACUACCAUGCCGGCAGCCCACUCUUCACUAGAGAUAAUAUCCAGGAUCUUGAAGACCAGAUCAAUCGCAACGACCCUACUUUCAAAUAUCAAACUAUUGACAACGGGGUCAUUGAAGCUAUAAAUAUCGUUUAUACAAAUGCCGAUAAACGUCGUCACCAAAACAAGAAACUCACUAUCGGCCUCGAGGACUAUCGCACCGUCACCUCGGAGCACCGCCGUCCCCAAAACCACCCCGGAUCCGCGUUGACGGAAGCCCCUUUGUUUGUGAACCUAGAGGAAGUUCGCGAUGAAUUGGACUACAAUUACGACACAGCCGCUCAAGCAUUCAGAGACUCUUUGGACAACUGGCGCCAGAACGCGAAAUGCGCCGCUCUCGAGUCCUACAUCAGCAAGCUUGAUCUUCCUCCCAAUACUUGCCGCCUCCACAGCUCUCGGGAACAACAUGCUGCGGCUCUGACUAUUGCGGGCGUGCUGAAAAGAAAACUCGGAGCGCCCAUUGAGAUUAUCGUCCAAGAUCCGGUUUAUAGUACUGUGGGAAAAGCCGUCUUGACGGAUCACGGCAUGAAGCCCGUCGAUGGGGUUGGAGGUAAAGCUUUCUUGGAUAUCGACAGUCGCACCUUUGUCUUCACGGUGUUCCCGGAGAUUCCCAUCCGGCAGAUCGUCGCGGACCUGGCAAGACCCGCUGGAAUGUUUUGGCAUCGAUAUAAUGGAUGA